AUGUCGGGCACAGAAAAACUGCCGAUGCUCGUCAUCGGCAAGUUGAAAGCUCCGAGGUGCUUCAAAGGCGUAAAGUUUCUGCCUGUUUUGUACGAGGCCGACAAAAAGUCCUGGGUAACUCAGCAGCUUUUUGAAAGCUAUGUGAGAAUACUCGACCGCAAAUUUGAUUUAGAAGGCCGCAAAAUUGUCGACAACUGCGCUGCACACGGGCACAUUACCAAUUUGAAGGCUGUGCCCGUUGAGUUCUUGCCACCGAACACGACAAGUGUCUUACAACCGAUGGACCAUGGUGUCAUACGCACUCUCAAAGUGAACUAUCGAUCACGCUUGCUUCCGCGUGCGGUGGUGUGCCUCAACAGUGGAAAAGCGUGCUCGGUCGAUUUGCUUGGGGCACUUAGCAUGCUCGCCAAUGCGUGGAAGUCGAUGGCAUCAACAACGCUGCGCAACUGUUUCCGCCACACGGGAUUUGUGUUGAAUCGCGAGUCGGCCGCCUUGGACGAGGACAGCGUCGCCGAGCACGUUUUGGGAAGCGAGCAGCUUAUCAACGACCUUUGCACUGCGGGCGUUGAUAUUUCAUCAGAUGUCUUGUUUUCCGAGUUUGCGUGUGUGGACAACGAUUUGGAACUGUGCGCUGGCCUCAUGGAUGAGGAAAUCAUUCGGCAAGUGCUUGCGGAGUCCGAGAGUGACGAAGACGACGACUUACCUGCAACAGCACAGUUGACGCAAGCCGAGCUAAUGCAAGCGAUCGCAACCCUUUCGUCAGCAUACAGCGACUCGGCAACUCUACCCGAAAUGCGGGCGCAGGUGCUCGCACCGAAGCGAAGCAUGGUCCAGAAGAUGAUCGAUCACUUUUUCCGCCCACCAUCUCAAUAG